UCUAAUAAGUUGUUAGAAGCACUCCUCCGUCAAGGGCAAAGGGCAAUGCGCAGAGUACAGCUACCCAACUGGGACGAUACAGGAGAUAUCCCAGUGGAGACACUCGCACGAUUCGAGAAGGACGUGAAGCGGACCGAAACCGGGUUCUUGGCGAUAGCAACAGAGGUGGAGAAUGACGGAGAGAAAGCCUCGGAAACUCCAGAAAAAAUCAAGGAAUUACUGAAGGAGUUCCAAGACAUUCUUCCUGACGAUCUUCCGAACGAGCUACCGCCAUACCGAACGCAUCAACACGAGAUCGUGGAGGAACCGGGUUCGAAGCCGACCUUCCGAGCACCAUACCGGCUCAGCCCUACGGAGCUGACUGACAUGAAAAAACAAAUCGAGUAUCUCCUAGCCAAAGGACUCAUCCGACCAUCCACUUCGCCGUACGGUGCCCCAGUACUCUUCACACCGAAACCAGACGGAAGCCUGCGCAUGUGCAUCGAUUACCGAGCUCUUAACAAGCAGACCAUCAAGAAUAAAUAUCCGAUACCACGAAUCGAUGACCUGCUUGACCAGCUUCGGGGAGCUACGGUAUUUUCCAAACUGGAUCUGCGGUCCGGAUACUGGCAGAUACGGAUGGCGGACAACUCUAUCUACAAAACUGCUUUCCGAACUCGGUACGGAUCGUACGAGUAUUUGGUCAUGCCGUUCGGACUCACCAAUGCACCAGCGACGUUCCAAGCAGAAAUGAACCACAUCCUACGCCCACUCUUGGAUGAAUGCGUGGUGGUGUACCUGGACGACAUCCUCAUCUACUCGCGCGACAUGAAGCAGCACGUCGAACACCUGCGACGCGUUUUCGAAAUUCUUCGACAAGAACGUUUCUACGUCAAACUGUCCAAGAGCGAAUUCGCCCUGGAGAAGGUCCAAUUUCUAGGACACAUGGUGAGCGCUCAAGGAGUUCACGUCGACCCCAAGAAAAUCGAUGCCGUACGUACGUGGAAGACACCCGAGGAGUUGCAGCAGUUCCUAGGCUUCGCCAAUUACUACAACAGGUUCGUGCCACAGUAUGCGAAACUCGCGGCACCACUCACGAAUCUGCUGAAGAAGAACACGCCCUACAAAUGGGAGACGAAGCACCAGGAAGCCGUGGAGCAGCUGAAACAAGCACUGACAUCCGCACCGGUGCUCAUCUUGCCAGAUCCCGAACGUGACUACGUCAUUGAAGCAGACGCCAGUGAUCAGGCCGUGGGAGCAGUCUUGAUGCAAGACCAGGGGAAUGGACUGCAACCAAUUGCCUACCUCAGCAAGAAACUGCACGGGGCAGAACUCAACUACCUGAUACACGACAAAGAGGCUCUUGCUAUUUUCAUCGCCUUCAAAGCAUGGAGAUGUUAUCUCGAAGGACGUCAAACAACAGUCUACACCGACCACUGCAGUCUGAAAUAUCUGAAGACACAACCAACCCUUUCCAGGCGGCAGGUCCGGUGGAUUCACUUCCUCGAGACACACUUCCACUACGACAUCGUGUACAAGCCCGGCCACAAAAACAAAGCAGACGCCCUCAGCCGGCCUGCACACGUUGCCGCUGUUCAGGCCGAAGGGAUGAAUCCACUACUCAAGGGACUCUUCACACACGGGUAUACCAUCGACCCCGAAAUUCCCUUGGCAGAAAAAAGACAUCUACUACAGUGGGGCAACGACAUUGCGUACCGGAAAGGAUCAACGAAAAUCUGGGUACCCAAUUACCCUCCUUUGCGCCAGUUACUACUCGAAGAAUACCACGACGUUCUAUACGCCGGACACUUCGGUAGCAACAAGACGCUGACUGAUAUCGCAAAACACUACUACUGGCCUCACUUGGCAGAUGAUGUUCAGAAAUUCGUCACCUCGUGUGAUACGUGUCAACGGAUGAAGAGCAGUAAGCAGAAGAAAGCAGGACUGCUACAGCCUCUUCCUGUCCCAGAACAGCCAUGGCAAAUGGUCAGCCUCGACUUCAUCACUGGGUUACCACCUACCACUAGCGGUCAUGACGCAAUUCUUGUCGUCAUCGACAAAUUCUCUAAGAUGGGACACUUCAUCCCGACACACACGACGGCACGCACCGAGGAGACAGCACAACUCUUCGUUCGCUACAUCAUCUCACAGCAUGGCAUUCCAACUACACUCAUUUCCGACCGAGACCCCAAGUUCACCAGCAAGUUCUGGAAGGAACUUAUGUCUCUUCUCGGGACCAAACUCGCCAUGUCAGCUGCAUACCAUCCGCAGACAGACGGACAGACCGAGCGCCUCAACCAAAUUGUUGAGCAACUCCUCCGAGCAGCCUGCAAGGACGACAUCUCCAAAUGGGACUUGCACCUGCCCGUACUAGAGUUUGCUUACAACAAUGCUACGCAUGCCGCUACUGGACAGACGCCGUUCUUCCUCUGCUACGGACGCCACCCACUCACACCACAGAAACCGAGAGCAUCAGCUACAGUCCAACCAGCACAUGAUUUCAUCACAACCAUGCAUCAGCUUUGGGAUCGGACCCAUAAGCGCCUCCUUGACAUUCAACAGCAACAGAAGCGCCAGGCCGAUCGCCAUCGCAACGACCACACCAUUUCCGUGGGAGACCAGGUGCUCCUCGACACCCGCAACCUGGACAUCAGCCAUCUCCCAUCUAAACUUCGACCUCGCUUCUGCGGACCUUUCCUCGUUGAAGCACAAGUUACCCCUGUUACCUUCCGCUUACGCCUGCCAGCUACCUGGAAGAUUCACAACGCCUUCCAUGUGCAACUUCUGAAGCCCUAUCGGGAUCCUAACACGAUCUUCGUGGGACGCCAGCCGCCGCCGCCGCCGCCCGUCCUCGUCCAGAACGAACCCGAGUACGAGGUCGAGUCCGUGCUUGCACAUCGUCGACGUCGGAAUGGCACCGUGGAGCUUCUUAUUCGUUGGAAGGGCUAUGAUCCUUCUGAGGACAGCUGGGUCUCUGAAACCGACAUGGGUAACGCCCGUCGUCCUCUGCAUGACUACCUUGUCAAGCAGGUGGAGACACUCGCACGAUUCGAGAAGGACGUAAAGCAAACCGACACUGGGUUCCUGGCGAUAGCAACAGAGGUGGAGAAUGACGGAGAGAAAGCCUCGGAAACUCCAGAAAAGAUCAAGGAAUUAUUGAAGGAGUUCCAAGAUAUCCUUCCGGACGAUCUUCCGAAUGAGCUACCGCCAUACCGAACGCAUCAACACGAGAUCGUGGAGGAACCGGGUUCGAAGCCGACCUUCCGAGCACCAUAUCGGCUCAGCCCUACGGAGCUGACUGACAUGAAAAAACAAAUCGAGUAUCUCCUAGCCAAAGGACUCAUCCGACCAUCCACUUCGCCAUACGGUGCCCCAGUACUCUUCACACCGAAACCGGACGGAAGCCUGCGCAUGUGCAUCGACUACCGAGCUCUUAACAAGCAGACCAUCAAGAAUAAAUAUCCGAUACCACGAAUCGAUGACCUGCUUGACCAGCUUCGGGGAGCUACGGUAUUUUCCAAACUGGAUCUGCGGUCCGGAUACUGGCAAAUACGCAUGGCGGACAACUCUAUCCACAAAACUGCUUUCCGAACUCGGUACGGAUCGUACCAGUAUUUGGUAAUGCCAUUCGGACUCACCAACGCACCGGCAACGUUCCAAGCCGAAAUGAACCACAUUCUACGACCACUUUUGGACGAGUGCGUGGUGGUGUACCUGGACGACAUACUCAUCUACUCGCGCGACAUGAAGCAGCACGUCGAACACCUGCGACGCGUCUUCAAAAUUCUUCGACGAGAACGAUUCUACGUCAAACUGUCCAAGAGCGAAUUCGCCCUUGAAAAGGUCCAGUUCCUAGGACACAUGGUGAGCGCUCAAGGAGUUCACGUCGACCCCAAGAAAAUCGAGGCCGUACGCACGUGGAAGACACCCGAGAAGUCCGUGCCACAGUAUGCGAAAAUCGCAGCACCACUCACGAAUCUGCUGAAGAAGAACACGCCCUACAAAUGGGAGCCGAAGCACCAGGAAGCCGUGGAGCAGCUGAAGCAAGCACUUACGUCCGCACCGGUACUCAUUUUGCCAGAUCCCGAACGCGACUACGUCAUCGAAGCUGACGCCAGUGACCAAGCAGUGGGAGCAGUCUUGAUGCAAGAUCAAGGGAAUGGACUCCAACCAAUCGCUUACCUAAGUAAGAAACUACACGGGGCAGAACUAAACUACCCGAUACACGACAAAGAGGCCCUGGCUAUCAUCAUCGCCUUCAAAGCGUGGAGAUGCUAUCUCGAAGGACGAAGAACAACCGUCUACACUGACCACUGCAGCCUGAAAUACUUGAAGACACAACCCAAACUUUCCAGGCGGCAGGUCCGGUGGAUCGACUUCCUCGAGACACACUUCCACUACGACAUCGUGUACAAGCCAGGUCACAAGAACAAAGCAGACGCUCUCAGCCGGCCUGCACACGUUGCCGCUAUUCAGCGACAUCUGCUACAGUGGGACAGUGACAUCGCGUACCGGAAAGGAUCAACGAAAAUCUGGGUACCCAAUUACCCUCCUUUGCGCCAGUUACUACUCGAAGAAUACCACGACGUCCUCUACGCCGGACACUUUGGUAGCAACAAGACGCUGACCGGUAUCGCAAAGCACUACUACUGGCCCCACUUAGCAGAAGAUGUCCAGAAAUUCGUCACCUCGUGUGAUACAUGUCAGCGGAUGAAGAGCAGCAAGCAGAAGAAGGCAGGACUACUGCAGCCUCUUCCUGUCCCAGAACAACCAUGGCAAGUGGUUAGCCUAGACUUCAUCACCGGGUUACCACCUACCUCCAGCAGUCAUGACGCCAUCCUUGUCGUCAUUGACAAGUUCUCCAAAAUGGGACACUUCAUCCCGACACACACGACAGCACGCACCGAAGAAACAGCACAACUCUUCGUUCGAUACAUCAUCUCACAGCAUGGCAUUCCAACCACACUCAUCUCCGACCGAGACCCUAAGUUUACCAGCAAGUUCUGGAAGGAACUUAUGUCUCUCCUCGGGACCAAACUCGCCAUGUCAUCCGCUUACCAUCCGCAAACAGACGGACAGACCGAGCGCCUCAACCAAAUUGUUGAGCAACUCCUCCGAGCAGCCUGCAAGGACGAGAUCUCCAAAUGGGACUUGCACCUGCCCGUACUAGAGUUUGCUUACAACAAUGCUACACAUGCCGCUACUGGACAGACGCCGUUCUUCCUCUGCUACGGACGCCACCCACUCACACCACAAAAACCGACAGCAUCAGCUACAGUCCAACCCGCACAUGAUUUCAUCACAACCAUGCAUCAGCUUUGGGAUCGGACCCACAAGCGCCUACUCGACAUUCAACAGCAACAGAAGCGCCAAGCCGAUCGCCAUCGCAACGAUCACACCAUCACGGUAGGGGACCAGGUGCUUCUUGACACCCGCAACCUGGACAUCAGCCAUCUCCCAUCUAAACUUCGACCUCGCUUCUGCGGGCCUUUUCUCGUUGAAGCACAGGUCACUCCUGUUACCUUCCGCUUACGCCUGCCCACUACCUGGAAGAUUCACAACGCCUUCCACGUCCAACUUCUGAAGCCCUAUCGGGACCCGAACACGGUUUUCGUUGGACGCCAACCGCCGCCGCCACUGCCCGUCCUCGUCCAGAAUGAACCCGAGUACGAGGUCGAGUCCGUGCUCGCACACCGACGUCGUCGGAAUGGCACCGUGGAGCUUCUCAUCCGUUGGAAGGGUUAUGAUCCUUCUGAGGACAGCUGGGUACCUGAGUCCGACAUGGGUAACGCCCGUCGUCCUCUGCAUGACUACCUUGUCAAGCAGGGCAAGGUAUGGCAUGCAACGAGGCCAACAAGGAAAAGAGAAGGAAUGGCCAACAUGACGGCUCAUACAAGAGCAAAAGAAAGAGAUAACGAGAGAGAGAUAGAGAUAGAGAGAGAGAGAGAGAGAGAGAGAGAGAGAGAGAGAGAGAGAGAGAGAGAGAGAGAGAGAGAGAGAGAGAGAGAGAGAGGGAGAGAGAGAGGAGGGGGGGAGAGAGAAAGAAAGAGAGAGAGAGAGAGAGAGAGAGAGAGAGAGAGAGAGAGAGAGAGAGAGAGAGAGAGAGAGAGAGAGGGAGAUAGAAAGAGAGAGAGAGAGAGAGAGAGUGAGAGAGAGAGAGAGGGAGAGGGAGAGGAGGGGGGGGAGAGAGAGAGAGUGAGAGAGAGAGAGGGGGGGAGAGAGCAAGAGAGAGAGAGAGAGGGAGAGAGAGAAGAGAGAGAGAGAGGGAGAGAGAGAGAGAGAGAGAGAGAGAGAGAGAGAGAGAGAGAGAGAGAGAGAGAGAGAGAGAGAGAGAGAGAGAAAGAGAGAGAGAAAACGGGAUAACACGAGAGCGUACAUGACGGGGGUCAU